AUGGGAAUUUCUGGGCUUCUGCCCAUUGUGGCUCCCAAGCUUGUGAAAAAGCACAUAUCAAGCUAUAAGCGCCAGAGGGUAGGAGUUGAUGGACAUGCGUGGUUAUACCAGAUUCUUCCCUGUGUAGCCGAGGAGAUGUUUUUCAAGGUCCCUACGAAGAGGCAUGUCGAUCUGUUUGAGGAGAAGGUGAAGCUACUGGAAAGCUACGGGAUUAUACCUGUCAUUGUUCUGGACGGAGAUUUACUGUCCAGCAAGGAGGAGACAAACAGAAAGAGGAGGAUAAGAAAAGAAAAGAGCAGGAAGGAAGCAGAGUACUGGCUGAUGAGAAAUGACCCAGCAAAGGCCAAGGGAUUCAUGCGGCAGUGCAUAGCGGUUACAAGAGAGGUUGUGUCGGACAUUGCAAGGAUGCUGGAAAGAAUAAAUGUCGAGUACAUUAUUUCGCCCUAUGAAUCAGAUGCUCAGCUCUGCUUUCUGCAGAGAAUAGGAUAUAUAGACUGCAUUCUGACAGAGGACAGUGACCUGAUUCCCUAUGGAUCGAGCAAGGUGCUAUACAAAUUCGACAGCGCCUUUGUGCAGGAGUUCAAUAGAGAAUGCCUUUCAGAGGUAAAGGGCAAGGACUUUGAAGAGAACAUCCUUGAUAUCUCUAUACUCAGCGGCUGCGACUAUCUGGCCUCUAUACAGGGCGUUGGGGUUGUGACUGCCCACAGGCUUCUUUCCAGGGAAAAGACCGUCGAGAGGGUGGUCGAGUAUCUGAAGUACAGGAAGCCUGUUCCAAGCAGCUACCUGGAGGACUUUUCCAGGGCAAAGAAGACGUUUCUGCACCAGAUUGUGUAUGAUCCCAUACAGAAGAGAAGAAGACAUCUUCAGGAUGCAGGGGAGAAGCUAGAUUUCUUGGGCACCCUGAAGGAGGAGGAGUAUGUGGUUGAAAGUGCUCUUCCGGAGCUGUUCUUCAAGCCUUCAAGCAGAGCAAAGGCCAUCAAAAGGCACUUCAUUCCACUGGCAAGGAGGGAAGGCUCUGAAGAGCUAGAGGCGAGGAGGGACAAGAGAGAAAGGCACAGCCAGAGAGUGGACAUGCACACGCAUUCUCCAUACUUUAAGUAA